CUCCACCCCCCUCUCGCACCUUUCCGGAGGUUCACCCCUCACUGUCAGUAUAAGAGCACUCUCAGACCCUCAGCAGGAACACUCGAGCGGUUAUCACACACUCGCCAUGUCUCGGCCUAUAGCAUACCUGUGUGUGUGGGUGUGUGUGUGCGCGGUCAUUUCUGACGCAGACGGCCGCAGAGGGACGAGGAAAGGUGAGAAACAUAAGAAUCGAUUUGAUCCAGCAGCAGGAUACAAUACACCUGCCCAUCCAGUGACCAGUACUCAGUGCUUGGUGAAUGGGAUCCUUCUGUUUGAGGGAGCUGCCUGGUCUCCAGAUGCCUGCAAUGUGUGCCAGUGUAAAGGUGGAGCCGUUAGCUGCCAUGCAGUACCCUGCCUAGUUACAGCUCCACCUGCUAGCAGGCCUGCGGUCAAACAGCAGAAAACACCCAGCGGAGAGAAGCUGGAGAAAAAGGGCAGAGGAAAGAACAUACGGCAGCCGAAUGGGACGGGGAAAACUGUACCGGAGGUCCAUCCCAAAGUGACCAUAAGUCAAGCUAAGACUGUGAAGCUUUCACCUGCUCUCCCCAAGAAGGUGCCAACCCCAAAGGUGGAAGUAGGUAAACCUCAGUGGUGGGACAGGAAGCCACCUGUGGUUCAGAGUCCUGAUCUGGUGCCAGGGCUGGGAGUGGUGGAGAGGAGGAGAUUUGACCACGAUGACCAUGAUGAUGACGACCAUGUGGAGGACGACAGCGAUAGUGAUGAUGACGAUGAUGACGAUGUUGGUGUCUUCCUCAACACCAGUCCAAACAGCCACACAGACAGACUGGCCUCUGCUCACAGGGUGCCAUCAACAGACACCAUGGCAUCAGCUGGCCGAGCAGCACCAGCCCACAGAAUGCCAUCAACUAGUAUACUGGCACCAGCUGGCAGAGAGGCACCAGUCCAUAGAGUGCCAUCUAAUAGCAAACCAGCAGUGGUACCUGCCCAGAAGCCAGCAUUACUGCCAUCCCAGAGAUCCUUUGCCCCUCCCACCAGGCAGUCUGUAGUUCUGCCCCCCAGUAACCCUCUGCCAGUGCCCGGUGGGCGCUCAGUAGCCCCGGGACGUCCUGCUUACCCACAGUACGUACAUAUGGAGUCCCUGCCCGCAGGCUGCCUGCUGUCCGAGUCCCUGAUUGCCUGUGGCAGCACAGGACUCACACAACUGCCACUCCUCAAAGACGCUGGCGUCAGGACACUUUACCUGGCAGAUAAUAAGAUCAGUAAGAUCCCCAGCCGAUCUCUGUCCGGCCUGCCCAAUUUGGAGUGGCUGGACCUGAGCAAAAACAAACUGGAUGACUCCUCUCUGGGGCUGGACGUGUUCCGGAAUCUGACCAAACUGCGGAGGCUGAUUCUGGACGGGAAUAAUCUGACCAAAGUGCCAGCGCUGCCCCCAUCACUGCUGGAGCUCAAGAUUAACGACAACAGGCUGAGCGGACUGACGCCACACAGCUUUAGGGGUCUGUCACAGCUGCUGACGCUGGAGCUGGAGGAUAAUCACUUCCACGAUGGGAACGUUUCUCCACUGGCCUUCAGAAACCUGGGGAAACUCAUCUACCUCAGACUGGACGAUAACGACUUCAGAGCCAUACCCUCCGGCCUGCCCACCUCCCUGCAGGAGCUGCAUCUCUCUGAUAACCGUAUCGAGGUGGUUCACGCUGGACUCCUCAAUAAGACAGUGCACCUGCGGGUUCUAAACCUCAGCCAUAACAAGAUCCGAGAGGACCGCAUCGCGCCCCGAGCCUGGUUCCACCUCCGUAAACUGGAAUCUUUGGACCUGUCCUACAAUAAGCUGGUGCACGUCCCGUCCUUCCUACCUGUGGGGCUCCGUCAGCUCACUCUUCACCACAACCAGAUCGAGCGCAUCCCCGGGUACGUGUUCGGACACCUGAAGCCGGGGCUGGACUCCCUCCACCUGUCCUACAACCGCCUGCGUGAGGACGGGGUCAGCGAGGUGUCCUUCCAUGGCCUUUACCACUCACUGACUGAACUCCUGCUGGACCACAACCAGCUCAGAUCCAUCCCCCGCGGCAUCAUACAGCUCCGAGCCCUGCAGCUCCUCCGCCUAAACCACAACUACAUCAGUUCAGUGCCGAUGAAUUCUCUGUGUGACUCUAUGUCUCGCGAGGACUCUCCGCUGCUGUCUGUCCACCUGCAGUACAACCUCAUCGACCGCCGCCUCAUCCCACACACAGCACUGUCCUGCAUCAAAACGUACCACAGCGUCGUCCUGCGGCCACAGAAACACGAACAGAUCUAUGAGUAACACACACUGAUACACACACACAUUGUAACACACACAAUGCUUGCCCAAACCCUCUGUGUCUGUCUCAGGUAAACCUCAGAAACCUUUCAUAUCUCUCAGGGGUGGACUUUACUCUUAACAACACCCAAUCUCCUUUUCACACCUACUCUGUUUGAUCCGAACCAAAAUAGCAAGUGUAAAAAAUCCACCGUUCGGACCAAAGAAGGUGGUCUUAGUCCAGAUCAACUAAAGUCUGGCCUGGUUAGAUUUGGUUUCACACUGCAGUUUAGUUACUAAUCUCUCUAAACAACUUUACAACACCCUGUGAUCGUCACUUUAAUUGGCAAAAUCUCCCUAUACUUGAUUGACGCUGAUUGGUUUGUAGAAAAGCAUGCGUCAAGCAUUGGCACAUUGUUAGCAAGUUGCCUUUUCAAAUGUUGUGCCAAAUUCUGCGUCCAUGCCAGGAUCUGACUCCUUUCGAGUGCAGGCUUAAUUAGUCUGAAAGUCUGAAUUAUCCAAAAUAGUAUUUUCACAGGGCCAGAAAACAUCUCUUUUAUUUGGACCAAAUUUUGGGUUUGGACCGUGGUUUAUGACACCUUUCACACCUGCUAUUAUGGUUUGGACCAAUCUGAACAGUCUGAAACUGUGAAAACAUUUUUUAGAUGAUUCAGACUUACAGGAAGUUAAGGCUACAUUCACAUGACCAGGCUAAAGUGACUGUUUGUUUCUCAGUGUGAUCAGAUUUUUUCAUGGCUGUGUGAGUGUGCCAAAUCCGAUUUUUUUCAAAUCAUAUUUAAGUCACUUUCAUGUGGUCCUAAAUUGGAUUUGUAUCCAGUUUCUGGACAUGCAACAUGGGAAUUCACACAUCUUUUUUGCUUUUCCGUAUGCGCUACGUGCUUCUCUCUCGUGCCCACACAUCUCUUUGUGCAGCUGUGCAGCUAUAGCUGUAAAAACAGCAAAAGCAAACCACCUGGCCUUUUUUCACCUCCUCGACCUGAGCAUGUACUUCAGACCAGCUGUUUGCUCUCCACUCGAGCAGAAAAUGCAACUAACCGAAUUGUCAACACAUAAACAUCCGACACGUGUCUUUUAACAAAACAAUCAGUGUGAAGUAUAGGGAGACUCUGCCUACAUAGGUGAUGAUGAUAGAAUAGAUCUGGUCUGGAUUUCAGUUGUCAAUUAGACCUACAUAAUGUCCAAAAUUAUACGUAUUAUUAACACCUUUUUCUCUAGAAUAUUUUCUGAAUACAAGGGUAUGAAUAAAGAGUGUGCCCUCUUUACUGCAGUAACAGCAUCUACUCUUCUGAAUAAGCUUUAUAUCAUAAGUUGGAACAUUACUGUGAGGAAGGUUUGAUUGCAUUCAGCCCUGAGAGUGAAAGUGUUUCAGUGACAUCAGGUUUUAAUGUUUGAUGAUUAUUCUUGCCACAGUCAAUUUAUUUGCCUGAGAUUGGUACUAUGUGUGUAUUCACUGCUCCUGUAAUAUGCAGUUCUAACAGUAAGCCAUAUGUAUAUGUCAUGUGUAUUUACUACUUCUAAAUAUUGCCGUUGUUUGUUUAUAUUGCUUUACUCAUUGCACUUACACUGAUGAUCCUGUUUGACUAUCAUUGAGUGUUAUAUUGUUUUUUUUUUUGUUUUUUUUUUCAAAAACAAGACUUUCAUAAAAUGGUAUACUGUAUUGUUAUGAACUGUAUAAUUUACUGUAUGUUUUUACAUACACGUGUGAGAUUUGGUCCUCAUGUUUUAGACAUGAAGCUGUAUUUGAGCCUAUAAGAAAGAACACACCAGAACACAUUCUGUUGCUUCUGUUGCUCCAUAACUGCACUGAGGCAUUUUCUUAUUAAAGCUUUCAUACAGCAGUAUUUUAUUCUGUUUAUAAAUAAAGUUGAAUACAGGACAACA